AUGUCCUCCAGUCCCAAACCAGAGGAUGCCCUCUCUCGCUCUCUCAAUAACCAGGAAGUCCUCGACGAAGAUGAGUAUACGGCUGCGUUAUCCCGUAUAAUUGCUCGGGACUUCUUCCCAUCCCUUGUGCACCUGGAUGCCACGAACCACUACCUGGAUGCAAUGAGCUCGCAGAACCCGGAUUUGAUCAACGCGUCGGUUCGACGUCUCCAGGAACUGAGCACACCGGCGGCAUCUGCUCGCAUACCCUACCAGACGCCUUUCCAAACUCCCUAUGGAUACGGCGCCGGUCCCUCCGAGACGCCACUGCGAACCCCGCGCGGCGAACCGACGGCGAAGCGCGCUCGCUAUGAUACCGAUCUGAGCCUCGAUGCGUUCCAGGCACGAUAUACUUCGGAAGAUAAUUCGAGUUUCACGCAGAUACUGGAGGACGAGAACAGGAAGCGGAGGGAGAAAUGGGCAUGGGCAUGGGACGCACAGCGAAGGGUCGAGGGUCAGCAGAAGAAGAUGCUCGAGAGAAGAGAGAGAAUGAUGAUUGAGGGCGCUAAGGAGGCAGGGGUGAGGGAGAAGGUGUUGAUUGAACCACCGGAACUACCGAAGGGGCUAAUCGAGGCGGCACCUGAAGGCGAAGUGCGGGCAGAAAGUUCGGAUGAAGUUGAUAACGGGAAGGGAAAGGAACUCGCCGUACGGACUCCUCAGGAGGAAGAACAGACGGUGGAUGUCAUGGCGCCCAAGAAAGAUACUAGAGCAGCCGGUGUAGACGGAUGGAAAUUCAAGACAAGGAAUGCUCUCAUGUUUCCUCCUGACGCGGACGUGUCACCGUACACGCCCAGGACGUCUUCGCAAGACUCCAACGCGCGUACCAUCGAGCCCAAGGUAGUCAAAUACGCCAACACUCGAUUACCGGAGCAGGAGGAUGGUUCUUCUAUAACUAGGGGUCGUUCUGAACCACCGAGUCCAACGCGAAGUCGCAUUGAUGCUGCAAUUGCCGGCACCCCUUAUCGACCAAAGUCCCCAACUAUCAACAAUUUUUCCCUGGUGCCUGCCAUGCCAUCUCCCACUCCCUCCGAGCUUGGGCCUGCGGCUGUCAAACAACUCAUGACAUGGGGCUCUUUGAAUGCGACUCCUCGCAUAUUAUCUCAAACUGGUGACGAUGAUGUCCCGCCGCCCUCUACGCCAUUUCAUAUAUCCGGCCCAUCCGCUCGCGAGCAGCUGUCGCAUAAACUGUCAAGCAAAGCUGCGAAAAGCCUCAAGGCCAAGGCCGAACUCUUGGGUGAUAAAUCGCUGUUUGGCGGUAUUCGACAAAAAGGAAUAUCAGGGAAAGGGACUAUGCCGCCGCCGAACUGGACGCCAAGACGAGCGGAGGCACGCGGGUCGUUGACUCCUGCCGCGAAGAGGCUGCUGGACAGGACUACGUUAGGUACCGCAGCUACCAGAAGGGCUGAAGCGAUGGCAAGGAUCAAUGGUUGGGAGGGCAGCAGUGCCACCAAGGGCAAGGAUGUCGAUAGGGUCAGAUGGACACCGACGCCUAGCCCCGUUACAAGACGAUGA